AUGGAUCCAUCGCGACGGUAUUUCUGCUCCUUCACUAGAAUUUUCCUCAGCAUCUACUUACGAUUCCACGGCAGACGCAUCUACCGAUUCGCCGUCGAAGCGUCAAUCGUUUUGACAUCCGAAUUCGGAACCAACUCCGUGACAUACUACGACAAUCCAUGCGUACUCAAAAGCGUGGCACUGGCGUUGAGAGGCACGAUACAGGGAGACGUCGUGCCCCCUCAACGAGAGGGCAAUCCGGGACUUGGGAGUGCAAUGAACUUCCCAGAGUAG